AUGUGCAGCCCCGUUUCAGCCGUGUGCGAGGGCACGGAGACGUUUGAGCGGGUCACCGGUGUGCUGCUACACUCGGCAACGCAGAUCCCGCUCUACAGCUCCCAGGGAGCCGUCACCACCCAGUGCACCAGCAGAUGCCGCGCCUCCACCGCCUGCCCCUCCUUUCUGGUGGACUACGACCGCGGCGCCUGUUUCCGCCUCGACCUGACCUCCGAGGGUCGCAACCACCUGCUCGUACCGGCCAGAGGUCACACGGCCUACUUCGAGAAGGUCUGCCUGCAAGCGCCGGCCUGCGGAAAGGCGUGGGUGUUUGAGCGGGUGCUGGGCCGCGAGCUGGCCGGCCUGGAUGACCUGGUACUGAAGGAGAUCACCAGUCGCCGAACCUGUGAGGAGUACUGUCUGCUCAACCACCAGCUGCCCUGCCGCUCGGCGGAGUUCGUGGCCAGUCAGAGGCUCUGUCGACUCUCCUCCAGCAGCCGACGGACGGCGCCCAACGCCCUGCGCCCGGCGCUCGACACCGAGUACCUCGAGAACCAGUGUGUGCCGCGUGAGUACCUCGAGAACCAGUGUGUGCCCCGUGAGUACCUCGAGAACCAGUGUGUGCCCCAUGUAAGCUCGACCGGCUGCGACUGGGAGAAACGACCAGAGAGACAGAUGACGUACCGUGAUCUGGAGGUCUCCGCAACCAGCAGAGAACGGUGUCAGCGAGCUUGCGAGACCACCUCUAGCUUCCCGUGCCGUUCGUUCACGUUCAGCCCGGCCACCUCUCGGUGCUGGCUCUCCAGCGAAGACACGGCCUCUGCGGGACCGUCGGCUCUGGUGCCGACCCGCGGCGCCCUGUUCUCACAGCGCACACCUUGUCAUGACCUGGAGCUGCUGUGCUCCGCGGACCGCAUGACGCUCCGACUGCGUACCGCCGCCCCAUUCACCGGGCGUAUCUUCUCACUGGACGCACCGAGCACGUGCGACGUGCGUGGCACCGGCCAGCUCACCACCGAGGCCACGUUCAUCUACCACGACCGUCGCUGCGGCGUGGUCCGUGAGAGUGUCGGCUCGUUCACGGCGCUGGUGGCAGUGCAGCACCACAGCACCAUCCAGAAGCGGGAGGACAGCGCCAUCAAACUGCUCUGUUCGUACGAGGCCACUGAGCAGACGGUCAGCAACGGCAUCACCCUGCUUACAGAUCGGAUUGACGGCGGCCUGGUGACGUCAUCAGUGAACGGCACCGCACCCACGCCGAUCGUGUCUCUGCACGUGAGAGACAGAGCGGGGGAAGAGGUCACCGGCACGGCGCUCGGAGAGCCGCUCUACCUCAGCCUCGAGAUGCAGGACAACAGCAUUUUCGGCAUGUUCCCGCGGAACCUGAUGGCGCGGAGCGGCAGGUCGGGCGAGUCUAUUGUGCUGCUGGACGAACGGGGGUGUCCGACGGACGAGUCCAUUGUGGAGCGGUUCCGACCGGAGGACGGCUCCGGCAGCCGCGUGGUGGCGCCCUUCGAGGUGUUCAAGUUCUACGACGACCCAGUGGUGCGCUUCCAGGUCACCGUCCAGUUCUGCCUGGAGCGCUGCCGACCGGUCAGUGACUGGUGGAUGAGUAGUCUCCAGCAGGUAACCUCGCAAGGUUCAGGAACCUCAGACUUGGAAAGUCCUGCUUCGGAGGUUCAGGCAGCUCAGUGUGACGGACUGCCCUCUCGGUCACACCACAGCCGGCACCACCGCUCCUUGCCCACCGUGGACCCUGUCACCGGUCAGCGCAUCCUCCACGAAGCGGCGCCACUGCAGCGCGAGAUAGUUGUAGGUGGCGCUAGUGAGCGGCAGCUGGACGAGCCCCGUGUCUCUGAGCCGGGGCUGCGGGACGGACGGGCCGCGGAUCUGCUCUGCGCCAAGAGAGAGGCCGUCAUCGCCGGUAUCGCCGCCGCCGUCUUCCUGCAGGCCGUGAUGCUGGUGGUGUGCUGUUCCUGCGUCUACUGGCGGCGGCGGAGCAAGCUAAGGGAGACUCUGCCAUCGACCAGCACUCUGAACAGCAGCCGACAGCGGCUGGGGCCGGCCGACGCCGAGCGACCGGCCACGCUGCGGACUCUGCGCUCCCUGACACGAAGACACUGACACAGGGGUACUAACACACUGACACGGAUAACACCGAGCGAUCGGCGACACUGCGGACUCUGCGCUCCCUGACACGGAAACACUGACACAGACACACUGACACACUGACGCCGAGCGACCGGCCACGCUGCGGACUCUG